CUGACAGCGACAACCAUAAGCUGACUCGAAGAAAGGAAAAUCAUACGAUUUUUUUUUUGUAUUCUGUGUGUCUCGGUUCCGUGUUUAUUGUAUAAAAACCAACUAAUCAUUUUCUGUGUGAAUCAAUCGGUUAUCCGACACUUGAUAUGGAUGUGUGAACUCAAUUUAAUUAGAUAAAACGAAGUAGAAAGAAAUUUUGUGUAGAAAAUUGGUUUCAUGAAUUUGCAUUCGGAUCAGUUUUGCAUGAAAGAACAAAAAGAAAAUAAUAAUAAAAAAUUAAAGGGGUUCAACUGUGGCAUUCAACACCGAAUAAGUAUAUCUAAACACAUUUUUAUCGAUUAAUCGGCUUUGUACACGUAUGACAUUGUACUUGUGAAACACAAAGAAAUAAACACGAAACACACACAAUAUUUUUGAAUUUUGGUUUAAUUGAAACAAAAAAAAACAAACAAACAUUUUUUUUAUCGAAACGACAAAGAAAAAUCGAUUUCGUUGAAAUAAAAACCGAAACAACGAAAGGGUGUAUUAGAAUAAAAGUGCAAGACAUUUUAUUUUAAUUGAAGCGAACAAAGAGGAGAUGUACUGAUUUUUGCAAUAACAUCCACCACAACAAGUGCAUGAUUUGGCGAUAUACCGUUUACGGCAAUUUAAAAAUAAAACCUUACCAAAGACAAACUUAGUGUGUCAAUAGUUGCUUCAUUUUAAUUGUGAUUAAAAUCUUUAACCACUAGAUAACUAAAUAAACAAUCGAUAAAAUUAUCGAACUGACUGCCAACAACAAUUUAACAUAAUUUACAAGAAAAAAAAAACGAACCACUAAUAAUAAUACAAUAACUAACAAUAUAAUGCCGGCAAAUAAACGUCGUUCACGUAAUGGAAACGGAAAUUCAUCGAUUUCAUCACCAACAUCAUUAUCGACAUCAACAGCAGCUCAGGCCAAUCUAAAGUCAACAAAUUCGAUUACAAAGAUAUUCAAUAACCUCAACGGCUUUGCUAAUGGUAGCAAUUACAACGGAUACCAUCCGGUUGUUAUAAAUCAUCAAGUGAAUCACUCGAAUUCAACGAUAAUUGCAAACGGCGUUGGAACAAACGCAACAUCAGCAUUUACCGCAAAACAACAACAACAAUUGGAUCGAAACGCAUUUUUGUUGACAUUGAACAAAGAACAAUUGAAGGUCGAGUGCCGUAAACGUGGCCAAAAAACAACCGGCACCAAAACUGAACUGCUUCAAAGAGUAGGAUUUAAGAUGUCACUACAGCAGCAACAACAAAAAGCGGUCGCACAAAAUAAUAAUGGCGGCCCCUUGCAAAAAACGCCACCGAAAUCAGUAAAAACGGCCAACGGCACUACAUCGGGCAGCAAUGGAUCACAUUCAAAAAAGAAAGUCACCGAUAAAGAACGAGAGAAAGCCGAACGAGAAAGUCUCGUACUAUGGUAUCAUCCGAUUCAAACGAUUAAAUACAGUACAUUGGAAUCGGUGGAAUUGCUACGAACAUAUGGCAAAAAGACUUUAGAGAAUAAAUUAACUAUUACAAUUAUCAUUGCCACGAUAGCAGUAUUAAGUGCACUGUACCAUAUUCCGGGCAACCAUCAAGCACUCUUCACCGUUGUACGACAAAAUUUAUGGUUUGUCGUGUAUUGGGUCGGCUUGGGUGUACUGUCAUCAGUCGGUUUGGGUACCGGUUUGCAUACGUUCCUAUUGUAUUUAGGACCUCAUAUAGCCAGCGUUACAUUGGCAGCAUAUGAAUGUAAUUCAUUGAACUUUCCAUCACCACCCUAUCCAGAUGAAAUCAUUUGUCCCGAAGAAACAGCAGCGAGCUAUGUUCCAUCGUUAUGGAGUAUAAUGAGUAAGGUGCGUUUGGAAGCAUUUUUAUGGGGAGCUGGUACUGCGCUUGGUGAACUGCCGCCAUAUUUUAUGGCCAAGGCAUCACGUUUGUCUGGUUAUGAUCCAGAUGAUGCUGAGGAUCUCAAAGAAUUUGAAGAAUUGAAUAAAAAACGUGAACUGGGCGUUGAAUUAAGUUUGUUGGAACGUGCAAAGAUCUUUAUGGAAAAAGCCGUUGAAAAAGUCGGAUUCUUUGGCAUUUUAGCAUGUGCAAGUAUUCCGAAUCCAUUGUUUGAUUUGGCUGGUAUAACAUGCGGUCAUUUUUUGGUUCCAUUCUGGACAUUCUUCGGUGCAACGUUGUUGGGAAAGGCUGUGAUAAAAAUGCAUAUUCAAAAGGUGUUUGUUAUCAUUGCGUUCAGUGAAACAUUGGUGGAUAAAGCGGUCGAUGUACUGGGAUUGGUGCCAGCUUUGGGACCACGUUUACAAGAGCCAUUCAAAGCAUUCCUACAAAAUCAGAAAACACGAUUGCAUCGUUCAAGCAAAGAGCCACCAAAAGAGUCGAAAAAUUUAAUUGCCAAACUCUUUGAGUACUUUGUCGUUGCGAUGAUUGUCUACUUUGUCAUAUCAAUUGUAAAUAGUUUAGCCCAGAGCUAUCAUAAAAGAAUUCACAAAAAGAAAUCCACCAAGAAAGACUAAACGAGCAUUUUUUUGCCAAAUCAAAUUUUACUACGAUAGCAGAAUGACACAAAUUUCGACGUUUGAAUCACACGUUUUUCUACAGUUUAUUGAGAUAGAAUGAAUGAGUUUUAUUUUGCUUUAGUAUAAUAUCAAAAUCGAUGCACUCAAUUGAAAUGCAUUAUUAUUUAAACAAUUAUUAUCAGGUGAGAGUGUGUGGUCACCCUAGCGUUGCGUGAAAAUUGUACAAAAUGAAGUGCAAGACAACUUCUGAUUCGAUGUAUAAAUCUAUUCCAAAUAAGUUGCUUUUUCGAGAAAAAAAACGUUAAAAAAAGAAGAGAAACAAAAAAACAACAUAGUAGAACGAUUUGUCUUACGAUAUAGAUGUUUAAUUUAUUCGAAAUUCCAUUUGAAUGGCACCCAAUAAAAUGAAAAAAAAAAAUUAAAAAAUUAAAUUGGAUCGAUGUGCAUGUAUGCCGGUGCAAAACAUACACCGUCAAUUUAAAACUAGAUCAACCAAAACCCAAGUCAAAUCUCUUCCGUCGCCCACUACAGUACAAUACAGUACGGCGACGAAACGAGUGUUAUUGUGUUUGUAAUUUCAUAUAGCUAAAUUGUGAGGAUAGACAAUUUAUUUAAGAAAUUAGCAUAUAAGCCCAUCACUUUAAUAAAUGAAUUUAAUAAAAAGAAAACUGAACCAAUUGCAAAAGACCACAAUAGAAUCAUAUUUAUAAUAAAAUACGCUUUUCUGCCAGCAAAAAAAAAUGAACGAUGGCCAUACCUUUCGAUCAAUUUAUACACAACAAAAAUGCAAUUACUGAAACAAUAAUAUGGUCAUUACAAAUGAAUAGAGUAUAUGGUGAAUUCCGAUUGGACACAUAAAAUAACUUCUUCAACUUUCCUCUCGAUUUCAAUCCAAAUUGAUCUCUCAGGAAAGCAUGGAUCGCGGAAUAUGCCGAAUUUUGUAUUUAAGAAUUUAUGAGCGUUUGGCAAAUUCAAUAGAGUUUCUGUAUUUAUUGGGUGCGUGAAAUGUCUUUAUAAAAAUAAUCCCAUGAAUUAUUCUUCUUGUUCUUUCUUACUUAGAGUUUUCCUCAAUUUUUUCCCAUAAUUUACAUCGACAUUUCAUCUGUUCCUUGUUUUUUACAAUAUUGAAACUGGUUGUGUGGUUCACCAAGUGUUCCGAAUCAAACCAAAUAUGUCUAAACAUGAUUUGCAGGCAACAUUCAUUUAAAAAAAAAAAACAAAGAGCAACAAAAUAAUAUUUAUACACGGAAACGUAGAAUAUUUUUACGAUAGAGUUCCGCUUUUUUGUAUACAAACAGAUGAUAUCGAUGAUAGACUUACCGUAAAUAGUUACAGUUCAUUUUAAGUGUCCAUACCUGUUUAAUGUGUCAAUUUGAUGAUUUUCCGCUCUCAAAUUGAUCGAUAAAAACAAAUUUAUAGAACAUUCUAUGACAAUGCCAUUUUACAAGUUUUUUACGUAUAUUUAUGCAUGGAAUUACAACAAAAUCAAUAAACAACAACAAAUCACUUUUAGAA